AUCUUCUAGUAUUUUUCGGCAAAGCGCUAGCGUGUAAAAGUCAAAAUGGAGAGUCGUCUCAAGGUUCUCCGGGUGUUCAAAGCGUUACACAGAACAAGAAUGGAGGUGUUCAAAGAUGAUCACAGAGCUCUGACAGCUGCUAGGUUAAAAAUAAACGAGGAGUUUAGGAAAAACAAGCAUGAAACGUCAGAAGAAAAUAUUAAAAAGAUGAUCAAAAUCGGGUCAGAUGUUGAGGCGAUACUUCGCACGUCUGUAGUUCAGGGUGAACACAUUGGAGACAAUAGAAUUAUGCUACGACCUCGAGAGAGUCUUCUCCUGGAGAAUGUGCCAUAUUGUGACACACCUAGGAACAAGUCAUGAUUUGGUGGAUUCAUAAAUUUUACCACUCACAGACUCCAAACAUGCCACAGUAUCAUAUUGAGAACACUCAUACCAUUCUUAUGGACAGUAUUGUUCAGCCCUGAGCCAAGAACCAAAACACAUAAAAAUUUUCAUUUUGACUGAAAACCAUCACAUUGAUGAAAGAUGCAGAGGUAUGGAUAUUAAGGAAACUGAAUUGUACUGCAUGGAUUCUGCUGUGAAAAAAUCAGAUGGGCCCCAUAUUGUAAAUAUGUCUGAUUGCUGUUCUGUCAAAUGAAUGUUUUUGUCUUGAAUGAAAAAAUAGGUAUUGAGAUCUUCAUUUGACAAUAUUGCUUGGUUUUCAUGAGCAUUAUGUAAUAUUCUGAGCUAAAUUAAUACCCCUCUUAAAGUCACGUAUCAUAUGAAAUAUCCUAUAGAAUUCUUAAAAUGUUUGGAUUUCAGAGAGGGUUGACAAGCCCAGUGUGGUGAAACAUCCCUUAUUCUGAGUAAAUGAUUUAAUUGAAAAAACUUCAUGAUCACUGACUGCAGACAAUGCCUGUCUCACAUUAGAACAGGCAAUUGAUGAGAAAUGGUUCAAGACAAUUUCAUAAAUGAAGCUAUUGUACAAGCAAAUCAAUGAGUAUUUUCAUUGAAGUGGCCAUGUCCUGCAUGUGACUAUGAUGUGACUGUAGUCAUAUUGACUGUUAUGUGAAACUCUUCAAUACAGAUUAGUUCUAUUAGAUUAAAAAUUUAAUGUAGUCUUA